CUGAGAUUGAAUAUAGCAGUCGUGCCUGUGAGUGGCUUGGAAGCUUUUAAAAUCAGUUCUCAGCUUCAUGCGUUGUGGUACUUUUUCUUGUGUGUGCGCGUAAAGUCCAUGUUUGAACAGCCAACAUCCAGAAUUUAUGACCUAUCUUUGAUAGAUGCAGAAGAUGAGUUUGAGCUUGAACUUUCAAGGCUUUAUGCAAAAUAUCAAGAGGCAGCAAAAAACAAGUCAGAAAUUGAAAUUCACAACUAUCUUCAGGACAAGGCUUCACAAAACAAAAGAGAAUAUAACGAGGUCGUUUCUGCUUUACUAUAUGGCGUUUUAACCGAACCGGGGAAUGCUCGCAGUUUCUUUCAGUCCAUCAGCUUUGUCAACAGAGAUAACUUUUCAGUCCUUGUGAAUAGACUUCAGGUGCUUUGUAUUUCGAUAAAAUUUCAACAAGUCAAGCUCGCUGUGCGAGAACAGAUAUUUUGGCUCAUUAGCGAAUUGACUAGCUUAAACGUACAAAUUAUCGACACACUCUAUUUAUGCUUGCUUAGACAGAUAAAAGGAGGAGACACAAGUCAGCGAAAUGUGUUAUUGUGUGAACAGAUUUUGAAAUUAUGCGAAGCUCACAAGUCAUGGUUAGAUGUGAAUCCUAGAGUGAUUGCGACAUUUGUCUAUACUUAUUUACGUGUUAUUGCUGACCAUAAGCCAAUGGCAUUUCAUUCUAUUCAACAGCGUGAAAUUCGAUUUGUGAUAGCAUUACUACGUGAAAAAUGGAUAGUAUGUGUACCUAUUGGCAGAGAUCUGGCAAGAGUGUUGCAUGAUCUAGCAUCCAUACCCGAGUUUGGACAGCUUUGGGAAGAUAUAUUGAAGCAACCACAGAAACUAUCGCCGAGAUUUAAAGGGAUUGAUAUGCUAUUAUUGCAGCCUACACCUAAAGAAUUUCUACGGUGUCGGCUUACUCCUGAUAUGGAACACAAAUUACUUUAUAUAGUGCAAAAUUUAAAAAUCAACAUGUAUCAACGAAAUUUGAAUUGGUUCAUUCAGAGGUUCUUAUCCACAGCUGAAAUGGAGCCUAAUUAUGUUGAUGUAAUUCGAUAUCUCGUUGCUGGCUGGUAUCCUUCAAAUCAGAUAUUACAGAGUGAUAUUGUGCCCAGAUAUGUAGUCAUUGGAAGCUUGAUUCGCUCUGUAAAGAGCAAUGUAGUAGCAGCAAAUAUUAAGCUGGCCCUUAUUUACGAUUGGCUGUUCUUUACAUCUAAUGACAAUAUCAUGUUUAUUGAACCCGCCAUGCUGUUGAUGGAACGAUCGGCUGAGAGAUACCCUUAUAUUACGGCUAUGUUGAUGGAAUUCUUAAAGUAUGCCGUAGACGAGUAUUAUCCACCUAUGAAAGAGUACAUGUCAAAGUGUGUAUCAUGUGGGAUGAAAGUGAUGCUUUCCAAAGGUGUUAUCAGGUUAGAGUCAUGACAUCAAUAUAUGUGUGCUGUAGAUAUUGACUAUUUUAUAGGAGCUUAUUACCUCUUUAUAAAUGUCCAACACUUGAUCCCGUUACUAGAGACAACAUGAAAAUACUGUUCCCAGAGUUCUUGAUAGAGGAUCCAUCUGCUC